CGCUUGUUCAUCGAGUUCGCACUUUGCACCUCACGACAUCACCAUCACAGCGACGCGCCCAUCGCAUGCCAACUCGAAAGAGCCUGCCAACCGAUACAGGAAGCGCGCUUCUUUCGCACGAGCGAUACCCUCGCCAAGAUGUCGUGGAGACACCAGGGCAUCACCGGCUCCAACAACAUCCCGUUGGGCAAGUCGCGCCGCUUCGGCGGAGAGCCCGAGCCCGAUGAGCCCGACCGCGAUCUGAAGCGCGGCCGUGACCCCGAGCCUCGCGUCGAUGAUGGACCGCGCCGUCGCAAGAAACGCAACCGUUGGGGCGAUGCUUCCGAGAACAAGGCCGCUGGCCUCAUGGGGCUUCCUACCGCCAUCAGGGCGAACAUGACAAGCGAGCAGCUGGAGGCGUACACGCUUCACUUGCGCAUCGAGGAGAUCAGCCAGAAGCUUCGCAUUGACGACGUCGUUCCGGCAGACGGCGAUCGCUCCCCGUCUCCUCCUCCCCAGUACGAUAACCAUGGUCGCCGAGUCAACACCCGCGAAUACCGCUACCGCAAGCGACUCGAAGACGAACGCCAUAAACUCAUCGAGCGUGCCAUGAAGUCCAUCCCCAACUACCACCCGCCCCAAGAUUAUCGUCGACCUACCAAGACCCAGGAAAAGGUCUACGUGCCCGUCAAUGACUAUCCGGAGAUUAACUUCAUCGGUCUACUUAUUGGCCCCCGCGGUAAUACUCUGAAGAAGAUGGAGGCAGAAUCGGGCGCCAAAAUCGCCAUUCGCGGCAAGGGCUCGGUCAAGGAAGGCAAGGGUCGAUCCGAUGCCGCUCACUCAAGCAAUCAAGAGGAAGAUCUCCACUGCCUCAUUAUGGCGGACACGGAAGACAAGAUCAAUAAGGCCAAGCAGCUCAUUCACAACGUCAUUGAGACGGUAAGUCCUCGGUUCAUGCUCCACCAAAUUUCCAAGAAGCUGACCAGCCACAAGGCCGCGUCAGUUCCAGAGGGCCAGAACGACCUCAAGCGAAAUCAGCUCCGCGAACUUGCUGCGCUCAAUGGCACUCUUCGAGACGACGAAAACCAGGCCUGCCAGAAUUGUGGUAAGAUUGGGCACCGAAAGUAUGAUUGCCCCGAGAGGCAGAACUUCACGGCCAGCGUCAUCUGUCGAGUGUGCGGCAAUGCCGGUCACUUUGCUAGAGACUGCCCCGAUCGUCAGCGUGGCACGGGCUGGCGCAAUGAUGUUGGUCCCGGCCGUCCUGCCGGAAGAAUCGGUGGCGGCGAUGCCGUCGACCGGGAGAUGGAGCAACUCAUGCAAGAGCUCGGCGGCGGUCCCAGCGCCGCUCCAGCCCAGAUCGAGGCCGGGCCCGGCGGUGGCCACGAGAACGGCGAUGUCAAGCCAUGGCAGCGCUCGCAGGGCGGUGGCGGUGGCGGCCCUGCUCCGUGGCGGCCUCGCAAUCAGGAUUCGCGUGAUGGAUCCUCGGGAGGCUCUGGCGGCAGUGCCGCUCCUUGGGCCCGGGACCGAAACCGCAACCACGAGGCCCAGUCCGACAGCUACUACGGCCAGGGCUACGGCUCUGCUCCAGGAGCAAGUGCCCCCGGAGGCGCCGCACCCUGGCACCAGCCUCCGCCGCCGCCCUCGAGCGCGCCUGGUGGCUACUCGGGCUAUGGUGGAUAUGGUGGUGCCUAUGGCAGCGCCCCUGGCAUGAACGGCGCAGGACCUGGAGCACCCGGUAUGGGCGCCCCCCCUGGUCCACCCCCUGGUCUUCCAGCGGCACCUCCUAGCCUGGGAAGCGUCAACAACCUUAUCCAUCAAUAUUCGAAUGCACCGCCUCCCCCACCAGGCGGCUUACCGCCGCCUCCUCCAUCUGGCGAGGCACCUCCGCCGCCGCCGAGCAACCAGCCGCCUCCUCCUCCCCCAGGCGCUUAGUCGAACCCUCAGGUACCACGGAACCCCGCAACUAACCACUGACACGGCCGACGGCAGUGGCGGGGACAUCUUACUCACCGUCGAUGCGUAGGGCAGUUUGGAUGUUGGUCAAUCAUUUGCCUCGUCCGCGGGACAAGGCCAGAGACAAAACGGUGGUCUUUUCUUCAAGUAUUUUGAAGUUACAGCAGACAGGAGAACGUACGAGCUUCGAUUCCAGGCUGAACCAACUGCCGAUAUUCAGCCCUACUACCUAUGGCAUCCUCCGGGUGCACCACAUGGACUAAUUGUGCAGGGUCUGGUUUAUGACUGACAAAGUACUCGUGGACCAAGCCCUGAAGCAAGAAAUUUGCACUUUUGGCAAUUACCGCUUGUAUCGUGCUCAAGGUUUGGAGUUCAUGGGAAUGUUGCUUUGCUUUUGGAGCGCGGCCCUAGAUAGUCGCUUACGGUAGGAAUAUGUACUGGUACGAGA